UUUCACAUCUGUUGAUCGUUUUCACUGGAACGGACAUUAUUAUUACUCUGAAUCAUCACAGCCGUUUGAUAUUGACUGCUGGCGACGCAGUAUAGCGUCGUAUAUUCAUUCGAUUGCGAAAAGUUGAACAGAGUGGAACUAUACACACAGAAACUUAAGUUUAGUUUUUAAUCAUGUUAUUGUUGCAUUUGAGUUUGGUGUUGCUGCUGUUGUCUACUUGCUUGGUUGUCGCCCAAGGUAAUCGACCGGAUUAUUGUUCACUGCCUCCGGUGAUGGCGGGCGAGAAGCAAUGCAAGGGAUACAUCCGGAAAUGGACGUUCAACGAAACGGAAUCGGCCUGCGCCUCUUACGUUUACGGCGGAUGCAACGGCACCAAGAAUCUUUUCGACACGGAAGAAGAAUGUCAAGCCGCUUGCCCCCCUUCUCCCCUGGUUCCGCAGACGAAACAGAUGGAUGCGUCAACUGACUCAACUUCGCUUGCAACUCCGCCGACUUCCGCCAGCGGCCCGUCCGUACCAUCCCCAUCAGUAUCUUCUGCUGCUAAUAGCCGCUAUCAGUUGCCUUUAUUCGCUUUUCUUUUUAAUAUUAACCCGAUAUUUGUAAUUGGCAAAACUGGUGAAUGAUGAUAAUAUUAGCUGACCAGAAGGAGAAUACACAAUCGAGUAUAAAAGCCUG